UAAGAUAUUCUAAAAUUCCUAAAUAAUAGAAAAUAUAUAAAAAGAAAGAAUACUAAAAGUCAGGUUCCACCGAGAUUUGGACUCGGAUCGCUGGAUUCAGAGUCCAGAGGCAGAGUCCUAACCAUUACACCAUGGAACCGGCUGAGCUAAUCGACGAAUUUACUCAUCACAAACUCAUACUACUUUAUGUUACCGAUUAUAGCGUUAAACGUUUAACGCAACCUUGUUGGAAGUCGCAUAAGAAGUUUCACUUCAAAUGGACACUUGCUUCAGUAUACUUAGGUGGUAUUGGAACGUAUCAAACGUUAUCAAUUAUCAUGCCAAAUAUGUAUCGGCUUCAUCGUUUUAUUAAAAGUUUUAAACAAAAUAUCGUCACGUGCCCAACACUUUUUCCGAAUGCCUAAAAACAAUACGUUGACUAUAACCUACAUACAUUUUCAAUCGGAAAUAAUUGGAAGCCACUUCAAGUAACACAUGAUUUUAAACACUUGAAUCACGAUCUACGGCACUUGUUGCGUAGUUCAAGCACAAGUCUGAUGGAGGGCGCUCGGUAGUCGGUAGUCCACGAAAGAUUUAACUACUAGAAAAUAACCCAAUUUUUGUUAAACAGAAAAAAAUGGAUCAAGUCCGGUUGAUAAAUGUUUGAACCUCGAAUUAAAUUAUUAUUGGAACAGGCAGGCGAUACUAAUUAAAAAAGUAAUAAGGGAAAACAAAAACGUGUAACGGAAAAUAUCAAUUUGUUUUAAUUUAAAAAGCGUUGUUACGGCAUCUGCUUUGGAUAACACAAAUUUGCAAACAUUAAUUAACAGAAUGGGCUUAUUGUGAAGGAAAAUCUGGUUUUUAACUACACUGAUUAAAAACUGUGUCUAAUGCUUUUUUGAAGUAAAAUAGGAACCGAAUAACCUAACAAUGUUCAGUAAUCCUGUGCAAUGGACAUCGGGAGACAAUCUCGUAUAUUAUCAAAAUACUAGAAAUGAAGAUGUUCCUCCAGUAUGCGUAGUAUCGGGUGCGCUCGCGCUGCUGCUCCGGGCCUCAUCAUACGCCGGCGUCUGCCCGCUGCGCUUCACGCAGACCCACGAUGGUUGGCGUCCUUCCCCCUCCGCCCCCCUCGCCGCCGUUCAACGUCUUAUUAUGACUAUUUUCAAUGCGUUAAUGCUGGCAGCCUUCAUCCUGGACAUCUGCCAAGAGCCCGGACAGUAUAUCCGCAUCGGCGAGACGACGCUGAAAAUGUUCGUUUGGUGCUCCGACAUGCUGCUGAUGAUGAUGAUCGCCAGCGUCGCCGUCUACAUGGCGCCCAAGAGGAUGAACCAUCUCGUUCACAUGCUGGAUCAGUUGCGACAGGUCAGCACGGAACUCAAAAUGAAUCCAUCAGCAAGGAACGAAAAGAUCAAAAGCAUUGCAAUCGUCUUCAUACCUUUGUGGGCAGCCUCCAUAUUGAUAGCAGACUUUUAUAGUUUUUUGGGCCCUUUAAUGAACGGCAAAAUGUGGUACAUAAUGUGCAUGUACGGGCCUUACUACGUUGGUAACUUCAUGGGAAUUCUGGUUCUUCUGCAAUGGAGUUGUGCGGUGUUGGCCGUUCAUGCUACCGUGGUUGCUGUUAAUGACGAGCUGGCAACGUUGCGCAGAGCUAAGUUCGAUUUGGGGCCAACUACAACAUUGGAAGACUUGUUAAGACCACCGAAACCUGAACGCAACACACUGGUUGGCUGCUUCACAAAGCCAGCGAAGAGUCCAGGAAACUCGAUGACCCUGCCACAAGCGCAAGCCACCAUUCGUCGUCUCGCUUUCUCCCACGAGCGUAUUAGCGAGCUCAUGAGACAGCUGAACGCGUCCAACGGCGUGUUUCUGAUGUUCGUGCUCAUGUCUACAUUUAUUCGGCUGGUGCUGACUCCAUACUACCUCCUGCAGAGAUUUGACCAUGAUGAAAGGAUCCUAUACGAGUUGCUACUACAAAUCAACUGGACUCUGUUUCACGUCAUCACACUCCUCUUGACGAUAGAACCUUGUCACUGGACACAGGAGCAGAGGGAGCGCACCCAGAUCCUGCUCAGCCACCUGAUCGUGCACCUGGCCCCGAAGUGCGAGCGGCUCUCGAAGGAGCUGGACCAGUUUGCCAAGCAGAUCCUACUCAGCGGCGCCAAGUACAUGCCACUCGGUGUCUACACAUUAGCACGGCCGCUCAUGGCUACGAUUUUGGGUGGAGUAACCACUUACCUGGUGAUAAUCAUCCAGUUUCAGAAGAUCUCUGACCAACUUUAAGAUUGAAUCGGAACAAAUAUAUAAAUAUCAUAUCAUAGACACUGUAGGUGUUUGGCACAUGACCCGUCAAAAUUUUUUGAGGUGUUUGGUGGUGUCAUAUCUUUCCAUUCCGUCCCUGGAACCUUAGUCCUAGGAGCCACGGUUCUGUAGAUACGAUUUCUUAAAUGAUUUUCCUAAUUUUUACCGAAAAUGUGAUAUUCGAAGCCCCAUAACUUUCUUUUUGUGUAUGGUUUUAAAUGCAAAAAACUAGUUUUUGGAAGUAGACAGACAUAACAUAAGACAAUGAAAUAAAUUAUGCAUAUUUAAAACCAUACACAAAAAGAAAGUUAUGGGGCUUCGAAUAUCAGAUUUUGGUUAAUUUAGGAAAAACAUUAAAAAAUCGUAUCUCCAGAAGCGUAGCUCCUAGGACCAAGGUUGCAAGGGCGGAAAAGAAAGAAAUGACACCACCUACACCCCAAAAAAUUUUGAUGGGUCAUGCGCCAAAUACCCUGUAGUAGAGCAUUUUCCUGAACUGGACGAAUCACACGUCCUUAUUAUUUUCAGAAAUUCGAAGUCUAAUUUUCUGUGCUCACAAUAAAUUCAGUUAUUCCGUGACCAUAGAGAUUUAUCGAUACAAAAAUACAGGAGUCAUUGACCAUAGAGAUUUAGGUACUUAAUUGCUGGAAAAAAUCAGCUCGUGUGAGAUGUGCCUUAGGGCCAUUCCUGGCUUCAGUACGACAUCGUAUCAAUAUAAGUAAUAUCAAUAUUGAAUAGGCGCAAACUUAUAGGUUCGCCUCUCUCCCACGUAAUUUCGCUAAUUAGUAAAAAAAUCUGCGAAGGAGACCGAGGUGAGAUAUAACUAAAUAGAAACAGCCUCAAUUUUGCGCUAUUUAUAAUCAUCUUGAAGCAAGGAUGCAUAUUGAGGGAUCAGCGGACGGUGGGACGAGGCUGUCGUUUUUUCCAGCUCAAUAACAUCUACAUGUCUCAAUAUUGACGUUGUUUCAACCUACCACUGUGUUAAGGGGCUCUCUGGCGCCAAUGACCUUCGAUCUGAAUCCAUUCGUUUUCUAAUGUUUUUUGUAGCUUAUCAUAUUAACAGCAACUGUUUUAAGCAAUAAACUAUCCCAUAUUUACUUGAAAGUUCAUUGUAUUCGAGAUAUUUGGCAGCAAAGUUGAACAAUUUUAUACCAAAAACCUGGUUUUCUGACCAUAACUUUUGUGUUAAUUGGUUAUAAAUAAAUAAAAUAAAAAAAUAAAAGCUCAAUAAGGCUUGUGUUGAGGGUACUUAGACAACGAUAUAUAUAAUAUAUACAUAUUUUAUAAAUACUUAAAUACAUAGAAAACACCCAUGACUCAGGAACAAAUAUCCAUGCUCAUCACACGAAUAAAUGCCCUUACCAGGAUUUGAACCCGGCACCAUCGGCUUCAUAGGCAGGGUCACUACCCACGAGGCCUGACCGGUCGUCAAAAGUUUAAAAUUAAAAUAUCUGAACAGUUUUUAGGACGUCAAAGACAACCCCAAAUAUGUAAAUUUGGUAUAUGUAAGAUCAUUUGUAGCAAUCGAGUGACGAAAAAAGUGUUAAUUUUGUUCAUUUUUAAAAGAAGAAAUAAAAGAUAAAAAAAAAUCGAUAGCUAUUUGUUUUAUAAUUCUAUCUGUAGUGCAAAUGUAAAAACUCAAAACUUGACAAAAAUCGAUGAGAACCGCGGGGAGCCCCUUAACUCACCUCGGCCUCCCCUAAUGUAACGAUUCCGCAAUGCUAACUCAUGAAGAGGCCUAUAAAAAUACAAAACUAAAUAAAUAUAAGAAUAACUGUUGUUUUAAUAGUUAAAUUUGUUACCUAUCUUUUACGUCGAAUGUAAAUUAGUGUUGUGAAUUAGGCUCAGCGUUAGAUCUGUCUCAAGGUCUCAAAGUUUCAAGGCUAAAUCAGACGUUUCCAGGCAACAGAACGCUCGUUUAGCCUUGAGUAGUUAAAGUGGGCUCCAGAUGGGACAAUUUUUCGCACAAUCUGAUUACAUUUUAAUUUUUUUAAUGAUAUUAAAGGCAAACAAGCAGACAAAACACUUGAUGGUAAGCAAUCGCCGUUGCCGUGUCCAUAUACCCGCAACACCAGAGGGGUUGUAAGUGCGUUGCCGCCCUUUAAAUCACGCUCUUUUCUUGAACGUUAAAAAGGACGUAACGGUCCAGAAAUACCGCAGGCGACAGUUCAAGAAAACAUAUUCAAGUAACUGACUUGACCACUAAAUUUCAUUUCUUUCGCCGCUACAAUAAUUCAUUAGGGAAUGAAUUGUAAAUAAAAACUACCAAUAUUGCUGCAGAUAAAUCAAAAAACGCAAUAUUUAUUAAAAACACAAUAGUUAUACUCAAUUUAAAACUGAUUACAGAAAGGUCAUAUUCCUAAGAGGAAAGGGGACGAUCACUUCUCCAUACAAGCGUAGUCCUCAUUUCCUCCCUAGAUAUUAGCUUUAUGGAAUAAUUAUUUGUAUCCCAAGGGAGGAAAAGUAGGAAAUUACGUGCCGCGUGUAAAAUUGUCACCUGAGCCGAAGGCGAGGGUGGCAAACACGCGGGAUGGAAUGUCCUACGUUUCCUCCCGUGGUGCGCAUACAUACUAUUUUUCUGCUUGACGGAAGCGUUCAUUUUACGUUAAACGAAGUUGCCGCUCUCCGCCCGGA